AUGGUAUACGAAGAAAAAAAGGCCCUUUCAGACGUUGAAAAGCCUUCAAAGAGUCACCUCCAUACGUCAUCAGUCAUCGAUGAAAAGCAAGGUUUCAUUAAUCUUGAGGAAUUAAAGGAGACAGACAUUGAGGAAAUGGACUUGGUUAAAGCUAUAGUUUCGCAAAAGAUGAAAAAGUUUGAGUUUUUGAAGUGGUUUCCUUCAAUCAUGGCGGUUGUGUGUGCAGUUAGAAUAUAUCGAACAUAUAAGAAUGAGGACGCUGUCCUUUGUGUUCUCAUUGCCAUUUGUGGUGUUUUCUUUACUCAACUGUCUUUGGUGUUGUUUUCUCUAUCCGCACAAGGACUCAAGCUGUAUUAUAUGCACAAGUUCAAGACUCAAUCAGAUGACUCGAAAGAAACAGAUUCGAAUGAUUUCUUUAUUAAUAUGUGGAGGAUGGCAUUGAGUUAUACAAUAGCUGUUGCCUGGACAUUUUGA